AUGCACUCACCACAGCAGAUGGCCAGGUACCAGGAGGCUGAGCAGGUGCCCUCUCCGCGCCUCUUUCUCUUCCCAGUCUAUGGUCCAAGGCUGCGUGACUACAGAGUCUGUGUGAAUCGUCCUGGCUGCCUCACCCAGGGAUUUUACAUUCAGAAAAUGAACGGCUUGUCCAUACGUGAGUUAUGCUGCUUAUUCUGCUGCCCGCCGUGCCCCAGCCGCAUUGCAGCCAAACUGGCGUUCCUCCCUCCUGAACCCACCUAUGCCCUGAUCCCAGACUUGGAUCCUACUCCGAUCUCCACGACUGAGUCCAGCUCGGGGCCUGCACUGCCCACACUUGGAGCUCCAGGGCUGCGCUCACGCCUGGGGGCAGGAGGGGGCAGUGAGAGGGGGGGCGAUAGGGGUGGAGGAGUUACCGGAGGCAGCACCAGUGCAGGUACCAGCCCUGGGGUCGCCGGUGAGCCCAGGUGGAAGCUUCACCUCUCAGAGAGAGCAGAGUUCCAGUACUCUCAAAGGGAACUCGAUGUCACUGAUGUGUUCUUAGCUCGCUCCAGCAGAGGGAACCGUGUUGGAUGCAUGUACAUCCGCUGUGCUCCCAACGCCAGGUUCACUGUGUUGUUCUCACAUGGUAACGCUGUAGACCUCGGGCAGAUGAGCAGCUUCUACAUCGGUUUAGGAACGCGCAUCAACUGCAACAUCUUCUCCUACGACUACUCGGGUUACGGCGUCAGCACUGGGAAGCCUUCUGAGAAAAACCUUUACGCUGACAUUGAUGCUGCCUGGAAUGCUUUGCGAACACGGUAUGGCAUCAGUCCUGAGAAUAUCAUCCUUUAUGGCCAGAGCAUCGGUACAGUUCCCACAGUAGACCUGGCCUCCCGUUUCGAGUGUGCUGCUGUAGUCCUGCACUCACCACUCACCUCCGGUAUGCGAGUGGCCUUUCCGGACACCAAGAAAACGUACUGCUUUGAUGCCUUCCCCAACAUUGAGAAGGUGGCCAAAAUCCCCUCUCCGGUCCUGAUCAUCCACGGUACAGAGGACGAGGUGAUUGACUUCUCUCACGGCCUGGCGUUGUUCGAGCGCUGUCCCAAAGCCGUGGAGCCGUUGUGGGUGGAGGGUGCCGGGCACAACGAUAUUGAACUUUACAGUCAGUACCUGGAGCGACUACGGCGCUUCAUCAACCAGGACCUGGCUGCGCAACACGCCUGA